GUAACCACGGUAACCGUAACCACGAUAACCGUUACCACGGUAACCGUAACCACGGUAACCGUAACCACGGUAACCGUAACCACGGUAACCGUAACCACGGUAACCGUAACCACGGUAACCGUAACCACGGUAACCGUAACCACGGUAACCGUAACCACGGUAACCCUGACCACGGUAACCCUAACCACGGUAACCGUAACCACGGUAACCGUAACCACGGUAACCGUAACCACGGUAACCGUAACCACGGUAACCGUAACCACGGUAACCGUAACCACGAUAACCGUAACCACGGUAACCGUAACCACGGUAACCGUAACCACGGUAACCGUAACCACGGUAACCGUAACCACGGUAACCGUAACCACGGUAACCGUAACCACGGUAACCGUAACCACGGUAACCGUAACCACGGUAACCCUAACCACGGUAACCGUAACCACGGUAACCGUAACCACGGUAACCGUAACCACGGUAACCGUAACCACGGUAACCGUAACCACGGUAACCGUAACCACGGUAACCGUAACCACGGUAACCCUGACCACGUACGUUUUGCUUGGUUAG